AUUAAAUUAAGCGUGUUUCAAUUGUUUUUGUAAAGGUAAACUCCGUGAAGUGGUCAGAAUCAUGUGAAAAAAAGUGCUCGUGCGCACGCCCGUGUGUAUUUGCCUAUGCGUAAUGUUUGCGUAGAAGUGCAAUGAUAUAGUGCGUUGAAAAGUUCUGUCAUCUUCGCUACAAUACAGCAGCACAGCCAUGACACGGUUUAUGUUCUUGACUGUGGUAAUAAUGAGCACAUAUUUUCUUCAGGCAGCUUUUGGCAGAGGGACAUCCAGGUAUCCCAGGAUUGGGAACCGACUGCGACCCGUGGCUCAGACGCUGAUGAGAUCCAUGUUCAGCACCCUACGCCAGCCGAGCCUGUGCAACGUAUCUCAUCAGCACCGCAGAUGGUGCCGAGACAAGGGUGUACGAAAUGCUCUUCUGGACGCGAGACUACUUGCCAUCACGCAGUGCCAAGAGCAGUUUCGCUACGAUCCCUGGAACUGUUCAGACGAGUACAGGAACAUAAGCUUCUCCCACGGUAACAAAGUGUACCGAGAGACAGCGCUACUCUAUGCCAUGUCCGCGGCAGCUCUGACGCACGUAGUUGCCCAAGCAUGCGCAGAUGGCAGUAUGAGGCGCUGCAGGUGCGCAGAGGAGCACAGCCCCGAAGAUACGAGGCGUAUUUGGCCCUGGGGACUUUGUGGAGACAAUUACAGCUAUGGCCGUCGCUUCACACGACGUUUCACACAGUUGCGUCAGUCACGCGUGGAUCAUCUCCAUGGUUUCGUGGUGCGCCACAACAUCAACAUUGGUAUCCAGGCAGUGGGCCAGAUGAAGACCGUGUGUAAGUGCCACGGAGUAUCAGGUUCCUGCACCAGUAAAACUUGUUGGAAACGGCUCAAACCCUUCAAGGAGACAGCAGAGAUCCUUAAAGGAAGUUACUAUAAGGCGCAGAUCGAAGUGUCCAGCAACCACGUCUCGCGGGAGAGGAGCUGUAAACGCCGAGUGCCCAAGAGCACGUUGGUGUAUAUCCAUAGUUCCCCCGACUUCUGUCCGUCGACUCGAGGAAGGCGCUGCUUGAACCCGGACAACUGUGGCACGCUGUGUUGCAGCCGGGGUUAUGUUCACAAGACAGUUUCCGACAUUCGGCCUUGCAAUUGUCACUGGGUGUCCCGGAGUUACGAGCUGUCAUGCAAAAAGUGUUCCGUCAUGAGGGACAUCUAUAUCUGCAAAUGAGAGAUUCCUGUUCCUGUCAAACGAAAUACUGUAUGAAAUACUGCACCUUUGAAGGUUAGCUGCUCGGGCUAAUGUGUCGACAUUACCGUAAUUUCGGGGAAGAUUGUUCCCUCCUACUGACAUCUGUCCUCAGUGGGAAGGUAAAAGGCUCUUCAGAAAUGCCUGUAAUAUUUAUUACCUAGAAACCGGAACAUUCCACAAUUAAAAUGGACAGGUGUGAAAAUUUCAGUCUCUGAAAGGCUUAUUACAAAAAGAAUGUAUACUAUUUUUAUGAACAUAUUGUAAAUAGGACAAAUUGUAACCUUUGGCUUGAACACGUAGUGAAACCGUGUUUAUAGAUUUUUAUAUAUGACUGAAUAUAUAUUAAUUUUGUAAAAAGAAAUCCGACUUGCUUUCCUAAAUGAAAUGGUGACAUGGUGUCAUUGUCACAUUGCUGAAGCCACAAAUAUUUAGGCAGGUUCAGACAGCUUAACAACAGGCUAGUUAAUCUCGAGAACGAAUAGCAAAUGAAAUUCAUAGCAGCGCCAUCUUGCCAUGGCGUAAAUUGAUUGGGGUAUCGUAGUUUUCAUCCGCAUGUAAGGAAUUCCGAUAACAUCGGCUGUAGAUGUUCGAGGCUUAGUUGUACACGUACUGUGGCUCGAGUUAGUGCUCAGACGCGUCUAGACUUCCAAAUCAAGAGAAUCUCUUUCAGCUCUAAAGCAGUUUACUUAUAUUUAUUUAAAUAUGCCGAUAAUUUUUAAUGUCUAUUUUACAUCUAUUUCUGGGUACUAGUGGCCGUAUGCUUUUUUUCACCUCUUGCUGUAAUGGCAUUAUGUACCUAACAACAUUAGUUAAAUAUUUCUUUGCAUUCCCAAAUGAUGAUAUAUUUUGUAAAAUAAUAUAAAUAAAAGCAUUUAUACACAAUUUAAAUUAUUCAUGACAGAAAUUCAAGCUCCAGUGGUAUGUUUAAGG